AUGUCUGCUGCCUGCAAUUCAACCACAGUGAUUUCGGCUUCCUAUUCACACAAGCUCAUUAAGAGCACCAAGAAGCUCAUUAAGAGCAGCACACUUUUCGAAACCUACUUCCUCAAAAAUCACCAAACAUUUAGUGCUAUCUGCCGCUACACUCAGUGUCUAGGUGAUAUUUCUCCCUCGGACUCUUACCUACCUGAUGACUUCCAUUUCUUCAGAGCCAUGCUCAACGAAAAGACACAGGUAAACUACCUUCCUGAAAACUUUCCCCAUUUCAGGAGAUCCACAAAGGAGGUCUCCCCAAGCAUCUUGCCUGGAGACUUUUUCAACUAUGAAAAGGUCAAGACGAAGCGUCGUUCAUACUUGCCUGGCUGUUUCUACUUCUAUGGCCAGAUUGUGAAGAAUGAUGUUUGGAGAGUCGACCACGACGAGUCCACUAAAGCUAAUUCUUCUGAAAACUUCAUCAACUAUGAAUCAGUCAACCUCAACAACGCUCCCCUCUUACAAGGCGACUUUGCAGAAUUCUUCCAUGCCUGGGAAACCCAAUCAGAUUCUUUCCUUGCCGGAGACUUUUACAAUUUCUACACCAUCGCCAAGCCUGACUUUCCAAUUGAAAAGUCGAAGUAUGAGGUGUUCCUUCCUGGCGACUUCCCAUUCUUCUUCAGAGUCUGGACCUCCACACCCAAGACUAACAAGACCUUCUUCCUUAAGGACUUUUUCUUCUUCCAAGGUGCCUCCAAGGAGCACCCCGAAUCCUUCCUCCCCAACGAUUUUUUCUUUUGGAAGAACACUGCCAGGACAGAAGAAGACGUGGUUUACUUCCCCAAGCAGUUUUUCUUCUGGCAGGGUCUUUUGAGCGAAGGUUCCAAGGCAUUUGCCACUGUUGACUUGAGUGGAAUUUCAGCCCUCUGGAAGUCUGGCGACAGCUUUUUACCCAAGACUUCCUUAAAGUCCAAGGCAACCACCUCAACUGCUCAUGUUGAGGUUCUCAGGGAUUUGAGUGUCCUGACAAAGACUUCCUUCGUAUUUGAGACGCUUAGUGAGUUUGACUCUUCUGGCGACGAGAAGAGCACUUUUGAAAAGCUGGUGGAGUAUGAAACCAGUGAGUCUGAGGUGAGCUCCAUCGACGAGAAGGAAGGUGCUUUGCCCAAAAAGCACGAAACUCCCGACGAGCCCAAGAAGUCCUUCGUGGACAAGCUCAAGGAGUUGCCCGGAACUUCUUCGAGAAAGAAGAAGAAGCGGGCCCAGAAGAAGCAGGCCCAGAAGAAGCAGGCUCAAGAGGAGGAGGACGCCCACAAGCGUCUCAACAAUCCGUUUGAGUACAUCGCUCCCAAAGCCACAAAGGCACAGAAGGCUCCUGUCAAAAGGAACAAGCCUCUCUUGACUGCCGAUGCCAACCCCGAUGCCAUGGCUGCCGCCCGCUUUGCCUUUGGCGCUGCUCCUUUGCCAAAGAAAGAGGUUUCUGGUCCUUGCAAGGAGAAAGUCAGCGCUAAAGGUGCCUACCAGCCUGAGAAGGAGAGAAAGAACAAGGUUAAGUUUGAGUUGGGAGUUGCCCCGGACGCCGCCUACGGUAAGCGUCCCUCCUGGCUCGCUAGAAAGUUCGGGUUCUUGAUUCCUGGCAAGAAACGUGGCAGAAAUGGUUUGGAAGGUGUUUCCAAGGCUGGCACAAACGGAGACCCAAUAGUUUCUGUAGAUGCCAUCACGCCCAAGUUUGAGGAGGCCCGCAGUAUAGAUACGGUCUUGGCGCGUGCCGCUCCCGCUAGACGUGUUUACUACUCGCCUCCCGCGUCCGCGUGGUCGUCGCAGGAAAUUCUCCAUGCCGGUACCCUCUGGCACCCUGGAGUUGACCCAGAUGAUCGAAAUCUGGGGAAUUCUCCAGUUGGCGACGCUGAGCCCGAGCAUGUUUCUGUUCCCGAGGUUUCUGUCGCUCUGGAGGCUCCACGGGAAAUUUCGCAGGCUGAACCAGCCGCCGUGGAUCCCUCUCCAGCUGUGGAAACCCCGGUUUCUCCAGCUUUUGCACCCAUUGAGCCCGUUUCCCACCACUCUACGCCAGAGCAGCCACCUUCCCCUGCCACGCCCGUGGUUGCCAGCGUCAGACUGGGCGACGCAUGCUCGGCUUUUGACUUCUACACUGCCGGCAUGCACGAAAUGGCUGCAAACCCAUGGGCACUGGAGAUGUCGGCUGGGCUUCAGAAGCCAGAGGAGGCUGUCUCCGCUGGUCUAUUGCCCGCCCUUGACAUUUCUGUUUCUGAGGUCCAAUUGGAGUCUGAAUCUGUCCGUGAUGUUGUGCCUGGGUGUGUUGAGGACCAGGCUUCCACGGAUGUUCUUUCAGAGCCUCUGAAGCAUGAGUACGUCUCUUACCGCUCGGAUGUCUGCGUGGACGCCAUUCUCAAGAUGGCCGACGACGUGAUGAAGCAGGCUGCCGAGGAGUUUUCUCUUGGUGAGGCUGGUAGUGGUGUUGUUGAGGUGCCAGUGCCUGUUGAGGAGCCCGUCAAGGAGGCUGAGGAGGCAGCUGAGGAGGCUGUUCAUGUUUCUACUGAGUCGCCUGUUGAGCAGCUCGUCGAGGAACCUGUUGAGGAAGUCGUUGAGGAGCCUGUUGAGGAAGUCUUUGAGGAGCCAAUUCAGGAGCCCACUGAGAAGCCCACUGAGAAUCCCGUUGAGAAGCUUGUUCAGGAUUCUGUAAAGGCUUCUGUUGAGCCUUCUGUUGAGGUUUCUUCGAAGGCUUCUGUUGAGGCUCCUGUUGAGGUUUCUAUUGAGGCUCCUGUUGAGCCCUCUGUUGAGGCGCCUGUUGAAGCUUCCGUUGAGGUAUCUACUCAGACUUCUAAUGAGGAGCCCGUCCAGGAGCCUGUUCAGCAACUGGUCGAGGUCCCUAUCGAGGAGCCUGUUGAGGAGCCUGUUGAUCCCUCUUCAGAGAAGCCUGUCAAGGAACCUGUCAACCAAUCUAUUGACAAUACCGUUGACGAAACUGUUCAGGAGAUUGUCAAGGAUCCCGUCGAGGAGCCAAUUGAGGAGCCAAUUGAAGCCGUUGAGGAGCCAAUUGAGGAGCCAAUUGAGGCCGUUGAGGAAACCACGGAGAUUCCCACCUCUCCAAAGCCCACACCUGUUGUCUCUUCAAUUCCACCCCCUGUCCCCCAGUCCCCCUCGAAAUCCAGGACCCCGCUGCCUGUCUUGCCGGUUAUCGAGGAGGUAACUGAACCAGUUUCUGAGACCGUUCCUGACAAUCAGGAAAAUGAAGUCGCUCCUUCAUUGCCUGUUUCCGUUCAGUGUGAGCCUCUCGUUUCUUCGCCUCCCGCUGAUACCACCCACGGUGAGUCAGCUUCUGUUGUUGCCGUUGAGACAGAAUCCCAGGAGGUGAGCGACGAUGCCGCUGAAACAACCAACGCUAAACCCGUUGAGCCAGUAUCCCCAGCUCCCAAAAACUCCCUUGACCUCACCAAGGAAGAAAAGAAGGAGCAGUUGAGAAAGCGCCUUGCCCUCCUCAGGCAGUCUAUGGCUGUUGCCGUUGAGAAGCCACUGCCUGAGGAGAAGCAGUCGUCCCCAAACAUCUCUCGUGAUGUUUCUGCCGAUGGUGCUCCCGAAUCCAAGGAGACGAAGGAACAGAAGAGGGCCCUUUUGAGGGAACGGGUUGCGUUGUUGAAGGCCAAGAUGGCUGACGCUCCCAAGGGUGUCCCAGCUUCUAAGGAUUCUGUGGAAUUGAAGAAUCCAGAGGCUCCAAUUGAGGCCCCUUCUGUUCAGCCCGUUGAGGUCUCCGAGCCUGAGACAGUUGACGUUGUUCCUGUUGCACCUGUUGAGGCACCUGUUGAUGUUGUACUGGUUUCAAAUGUCGAAAAGGUUGUGAAGCCAUUCGUCGAGACUACUUACUCUCAGCCUGUGGUCGAGAAGACUGUCGAAGCUUCGCCUACUGUUGAAAAGGUUGUUGAAUCGGAGUCUUUUGUUGAGAAGGCUGUUGAAGCUCAACCCGUCAUUGAGGCCCUUGAUUCCAAGUCUGUCGUCUCUGGUGAUUCUCGGCCUGACAUGGAAAAGACUCAGCAUGUUGAGGCUGUUGGUUCUCAGCUUGUUGGCUCUCAGCUUGUUGAUCUGAAGGCUGUCAUUCAAAAGGUAAUUGAACCCCAGUCUGUUGUUGAGCCCCAGUCUUCCGUUACGGCUCCCGAUUCCCAGCCUGUUGUUGAGACUGAUUCUGAGCCUGUUGCUGGAACUGUUUCAAAGACUGAUGAAUCUUCCCCUGCCGUGGCUGUUGAAUCUCCCGUCGAAGCCACUGCAGUUCUUCCAGUUGAAUCCCCUGUCGAGUCUGUUGAGCCACUGGAACCUUCAAUUCCUGAGAAGGCCCCACCCGCCGCUUCUGAUUUCGCCGCUCUCCCAAAGGAAGAAAAGAAGACCAGGCUCCAGGCUCGCAUCGCCAGCUUGAGAAGCCGUUUGGAUACCGUUCCUUCGAAAACACUCCAUGCUGCUGAGCCCAAGCCUGAAAACUCCCCCUCCAAGGAGGAAAAGAAGGCCGUGCUCAAGCAGCAUCUUGCCCUGUUGAGAAAGAAGAUGGACGGUGCUGUUGAGGAUUUACACAAGUCUUCCAGCACCAAGGCCUCCUCUGACGCUUCAAAAACUUCCGCUUCUCCUGUGCUCUCGGAGCCCUUACCUAAGGUUGAGCCAGGCAUUGAGAAGCUUUCUUUGUCAUCUGAUCCCUUGCCCAAGGUUGAGCUGGACAAAGAAAAGGAAGCUUUUUCUCUUCCAUUGCCAUGUGAUCCCUUACCUAAGGUCGAACUGGGCAAGGAGGAGAAGAAGGCCCAAUUGAAGCAGAGGCUUGCCGCCUUGCGGGAGAGAAUGAACGGUACUGAGCCCAAGACUUCGAAGACUGAGCCCAAGACUGAGUCGAAGGAAGACUCUAAGGAUGAGCCAAAGAUGGAGAAAAAGGAGAAUCCAAAGGAAGAGCAAAAGUUGAAUGGCGCUGGAUCUGGCGCUGUUCCCCCUCCUCCUCCUCCUCCACCUCCUCCAUCCUUGCUUCCUGUUGGUCCACCACCUCCUCCUCCUCCUCCUAGACCUCCAAUUGAGGAAGAGUCUGAAGAGUCUGAGGAAAUUGAGGACCCACAGGCUCCCUGUGACGCCUACCUUGCCUUGGAAGCCGAGCUCGAGGAAAAGAGAAAAAAGAAGCUCGACUUGUCCGAGAUCAAGUCCAAGGUCGACUACUCCAACAAGAAGAAGUUCUCGUCCAACUUCCAGGGCAUGAUGCUGAGGCUCGAGGUCAACCUUAUCAACGACGGAAGGUUGUCCUUUGACGGGCCUGUGAACCCAUUGACGAUUGCCAAAAAGCAGGAAGAGGAGAAGAAGUACAAGGUUCCUACGAAGCAGUACUCGCCUGACGACAAAAACGCCAAGAUCAAGAACAAGCUUGACGAACUCAUGACAAAGAAGCUCAAUGGCGAGGAUGUCGGAAUCCCUAAGAAGAGGAGCCCUCCCAAGUUCCACAUCGACAUGGACCUGGACGAGGUGUUUGUUCCAGCUUCCCAUCCCAAGUAUGGAAAUGGAGCUCCUCCACCACCACCACCUCCAGCAUUCCUUACCAAUGCUUCAGCUCCUCCUCCACCUCCUCCACCAGCUUUUCUUAUAAACGCUGCAGCACCACCCCCACCACCUCCUCCAGCUUUUUUGGUCAAUGCAGCCAACAACCCUACAGCUGCUCCUGGAGGAUCCAAGAACUUUUUGGCCAAUGGCCCCCAGCUCAAGGCUGUAACGAAGGAGCCUGUUGCUCCCAAGGAGCCUGAGAAGAAGCCCCAAGUGAACUGUACCAAGGGUUCUUUCAAGGACAAGUGCGAGGCUUUUGGUACGUUUUUUAAGUCUGUUCCGAUCAAGAAGAAGGAAGGACCCCCUCCCAAGAAGGCUGCCGUGGCCCUGGGAUGA